UUCUCAUGGAGCUAAACGCAGCCUCUCUCCUCUCUGUCGCUCUCGUUUCACUGGCGAUUCUUGUCUCCGUAUUACUUGGCCGGAGAUCCACACCAGAUUCCAAAAAGAAGAGGCGGCCUCCCGGUCCACGGCGUCUCCCCUUAAUCGGGAACCUCCUCCACCUCCUCACGUCGGAGCCGCCGGUGGCUCUCCGGGACCUGGCGAGGAAGCAUGGCCCGGUGAUGUACCUGCGGCUGGGCCAGGUCGACACCGUGGUGGUCUCCUCGCCGGCGGCCGCGCAGGAGGUGCUCCGCGACACGAACCUGGCCUUCGCGUCGCGGCCGAGCUUCGUGGCCACGGAGAUCGUCUGCUACGGGAACCUGGACGUGGCCUUCGCGCCCUACGGCGCGUACUGGAGGACGCUGCGCAAGAUCUGCACGGUGGAGCUCCUCAGCGCGCGGAAGGUGAGGCAGUUCGCGGCCAUCAGGGACGACGAGACCCUUGCCCUGGUCCGAGCUGUCCAGCGCGCCGCGGCCGGCGGAGGCGGUGAGCCGGUCGACCUCGGCAGGCUGCUCAUGUCCUGCACGAACUCGAUCACCUCCAAGGCCACGUUCGGCGAGGCGUGCGACGCCGACCUCCAGGAGCAGUUCUUGUCCGCGAUCGCGGUGGUGCUGGAGCUAAGCAGUGGGCUCUGCGUCGGGGAUCUCUUCCCGUCCCUGCGGUUCGUGGACGUCGUCACCGGGCUGAGACGCCGGCUCUGGCGAGCGCGCCGGCAGCUCGAUGCUGUCUUUGACGAAAUCAUCGGUAGGUGCGAGGCGCGGCGAGAGGGGAAGAAGACGGCGGCGGCCGAUGACCUUCUGAGCGUCAUGCUCAGGAUCAAGGACGAGGGGGAGCUUGAGUUCCCCAUCGGCACCACAAACAUCAAGGCAGUCGUGGUGGAUUUGUUCACCGCGGGGACAGACACGACUUCAUCGACCGCCGAGUGGAUCAUGUCGGAGCUCAUACGAAAUCCAGAGGCGAUGGCGAAGGCGCAGAUGGAGAUCCGACAAGCAUUGGAGCAUACGAGCGCACAAGACCACGAGGGCUGUAUGGACAUGUUGCCCUACACAAGGAUGGUGAUCAUGGAGGCAUUGAGGCUGCACCCGCCAGUGCCGCUCCUGCUCCCCCGUGUCUGCCGGGAGACCUGCGACAUCGGCGGGUUCGAGGUUGCGUCGGGCUCCAGGGUCAUGGUCAAUGCGUGGGCGAUGGCGAGGAGCCCCAUGCACUGGGGCGAGGACGCGGAGGAGUUCAGGCCGGAGAGGUUCGAGGAUGGAGGAGCGCAAGACUACAACGGCACGCAGUAUGAGUACCUGCCGUUCGGGAGCGGCAGGAGGAUGUGCCCCGGCGGCAACUUUGGUCUAGCCACGCUCGAGCUCAUCACGGUGAGGCUUCUCUACUAUUUCGACUGGAGCCUCCCCGCUGGAGUUGGGCCAGAUGAGCUUGACAUGGAGAUGAUCGUUACCGGGACGGCCAGGAGAAGGAGCUCGCUGCAUCUCGUACCGUCACAAUAUAAAAUUCCAGUGAUGGAAAUUCAACCAUGCUCUCUCUAGAUUGAAACCCAGUCUGGCCGUAGGAUCCAAUACUUCCACAUCGGCAAUGUACUGAACUUAUUAAAACUUACGACCCAUGCUGGUCGGCUUCAUUGUUAAUUGACUACUUUAUUAUGCAACGCUGUAGUGGUUGGGCAAUCACGA